AAGAUUCGCAGACACGACACAACCUGCCCCUGCUCGUCCAACGUAAUCGGCCGAAGUUGCACGCUCUAGAGGUUACUAAGAGGCCGAGAAAUGCAAAAUCUAGAAGACUAGGUGCAACAACCAUCCGCACUAAGGUACUUUCUUCUCGGCCAUCUAUCUACACCAGCACCAUGUCCUCCAACGCUUCCAGUGCGACUGCCACGGGCGCCGUGGCCAGCACCAGCGCAAUUACCAACACCAACAGCACCACCGACAAACUCUUCAACCUCUCUGCCGAACUCGCCACACUCCAACACGAGAAGAAGAACCACAACCUGCAUCGUCUGCCCCCGAACUACACCGUCCAGCGCCGUCCGCUGAACCAUGCGCCUGUCGCGAACAUCCACGCCGGCGCGGCCGUGCCGAAGGUAGUCUACGUCUCGCAGCAGACGCCUCUGAUGGCAGCGGUCAAGCGCGUCAAGAAGAUCCUGGCGCACAUUGAGAAGCGCGCAAUGCAGCAGGCGGGUGUGACGAUGGGUGCGAAGGAUCGGAGGCACAGAAUCAAGGCGGCAAACGAGACACUUGUGAAGAACAAAGAGGAAGUCCUGGUUAAAGCGAGCGGGAGAGCGAUGAGCCAGGCGCUGCGCGUGGGCGAGUGGUUUCGAAACAAGGAGAAAGAGUUCCUUUGUGAUGUGCAAGUGAGGACGGGCAGUGCAAGUGUUGUCGAUGACAUUGUGGAAGUGCCUCCCCAGGACGAAGAAGGGCAAAGGAUGGGCGAGGGCGAGGACGCAGAGAAAGAGGAUACAAAGAUAGAGUAUGGAGAUACGACGUUGGAAAUCAUCGGCCACGUCGCAACGAGUUCGGCCGAGCGACUGCAGUCUAGUGGGGAUACCGGGCAGGACAAGGAGAAUGAGGAAGAUGACGUGGACGUCGACGAUGGGCAGGUCAAAAAGAGCAUACGCGCAAAGAGGAAGAAGAGGAAGAGACCGAUGUACGCAGAGGAUGAUGUGCCCGAGGCUCGCCUGAGGCACAUCAAGACGGUUGAGGUUGCGAUCACCCUGCAGGGUUAAUAGCCUGCGUUGUUGAAAUGGGCUCUUUUCUGCGCCGGUAGCUAUAUGUCUUAUUAUUUGGUAGGACGGAGUCGGUGUCAAAAAGGAGACAGUGGCGACUUAUGAGGCAUGUUAUUAUGUAAACUGUAUCCGGUAGUUGAUGUCAAGCACUCGGAUAAUG